GUGAUGCUAGAGUUUAUACUGUUCGAGUUACAGCCAGCGCAGCAGGGUAAUUGUCUGGACGAUCUUUUCGUUAUAUCGGUGCAGAACGAUAAUCGAGCCUAUCCUCUACUUUGUGGCAUCAAUAGCGGUCAGCACAUGUAUCUGGACAUCGAUACCACCUACUCACGUCAGAUAUAUCUUACCGCUCAUUUUAAUAACAGAAAGUCACCGAGAGCAUUCUUGGUAAAGAUAACGCAGAUCAUUCAUCCUCAGGCUCCUUCUAGUUGUUUGCAGUACUACAACGAGCUACAUGGAGUGAUAAAAUCGUUCAACUAUGAUAAUCAUUCCACGAUUGUCCCAAACAUCAAUCCCAGCUAUUUGAAUAACUUGAACUACGCCAUCUGCAUAGGAAGGAACACACGUUUUUGUUCAAUUGUUUUCAACAACAAGGACGAAGAUGUAUUUCAAAUAAUUAAUGUAUCCCUAGAUGGAAGCAGCAUUGUACCAGCAAAUCAGGCGGGAGUGGAAAUAUUGAACUGUCCGGAUGAUUUUAUUGCCAUAAACCAUCUUCGAUUGUGCGGCGAUAGAUUCAAUGACGGUAGUAAGGAGUUAGAUUUUAGCUUAAAUUCUCCAGUUUUUCACACGAUUGCAGGUCCGGUUGUAGUAGCAGUUAAAACAGACCAAGCGAAUGUUGGACGUGGGUUUAAAUUAUCAUUCGAGCAAAACGUAUGCAUACAAGGACCAGCAAAAAAAUAUAUCGCAAAAUAA